AUGCCAAGUGUUGUUCCAAUUGAAGGAAAUAAAAUGAAUGAACUUGAGAACCCUUCACCCUCUAAGAACAUCUAUAAUAAAAUCAAUUCACCAAGAAUACCAUCGAGCCCACAAACACCUAGAAGUGUUGAGAGGUUUCAUGAAAUUGUACAUGAUGCAAGACGUUCGCGUCGAACACGCUCAAGUCAAAGCUUUGGAUCUGAUAGUGAUUGGUCUUUAACUGAUUCAGAAUUUAGCCAUAUUAGUGGAGAACAAAUGAGGAAGUUGGAGAUAGUGAAAGAGGAAAUGGUGAAAAAGGUAGUCAGGGACUCUAGCAGUGAAACACCAUCAAUAUCAAGAGCUAAGGGAAAAAAUCCUCCUGCAAAACCUCCUGUUGAAAGGAAGAAUGGAAACAAUCCUUUGAGAAAACAAAGUACAACAGUUACUAAUCGUGCGGUAAAACCUAAGAUUGCUUCUAUUGGAAGAUCAAGGUCACAAAGUCGAGUCGACGAUUCUAAGGAAUCAACAUUUGAUAAUCCUGAGCUUGGACCAUUUUUACUAAAGAAAGCAAGGGAUUUGAUUUCGUUAGGAGAGAACCCGAGGAAAGCUCUCGAGUUAUCACUUCAAGCGACGAAAUUGUUUGAGAAAUCUGCGAAUGGGAAACCGAGUUUGGAUCUGGUUAUGUGUUUACAUGUUACUGCAGCAAUAUAUUGCAGUUUGGGUCAUUAUAAUGAGGCAAUUCCAAUUUUAGAGCGAUCAAUCGAAAUUCCUGCCGUUGAGGAAGGCAAGCAACAUGCUAUUGCGAAAUUCGCCAGUCACAUGCAACUUGGAGACACUUAUGCUAUGCUAGGCCAACUUGAGAAUUCAAUUAUGUGUUACAACAAUGGGUUGGAAGUACAAAGAAAGGUUUUGGGAGUAACUGAUCCAAGAGUUGGUGAAACUUGUAGAUACAUAGCAGAAGCUAAUUUUCAAGCAUUGCAAUUUGAUGAGGCUGAGAGGCUGUGUCAAAUUGCUCUUGAUAUUCAUAGAGAAAAUGGUUCACCCUCUUCUCUUGAAGAGGUGGCGGAUAGAAGAUUGAUAGGUCUUAUAUGUGAAACUAAUGGAAAUCAUGAAGCAGCAUUGGAGCACCUUGUUUUAGCAAGCAUGGCAAUGGUAUCAAAUGGCCAAGAAGUGGAAGUGGCGUCUGUUGAUUGCAGCAUUGGAGACACAUUCCUAUCAUUGGCUCGAUACGAUGAGGCCAUCUUGGCAUAUAAAAAGGCGUUAGCGGUUUUCAAGACUCACAAAGGAGGGAAUCAUCCUUCGGUUGGAUCGGUCUUAGUACGUUUGGCUGAGUUGUAUAAUAGGACAUGGAAGGUAAGGGAAUCAAAAUCAUAUUGUGAAAAUGCACUUAAAAUCUAUGAAAAUCCCAUGCCUGGUGUCCCUUCUGAGGAGAUUGCUAGUGGUUUUGUGAAUGUUGCAGCUAUUUAUGAGUCAAUGAAUGAGCUUGAACAAGCACUCGAGUUACUGCACAAGGCAUUAGAGAUACAUAAUGAUGCCCCUGGCCAACAGAACACAAUUGCAGGAAUUGAAGCUCAAAUGGGGGUCAUAUACUAUGUGUUGGGAAACCAGACUGAAUCUUACAAUGCUUUCAAGAAUGCCGUCUCAAAGCUUCGCGCCACAGGAGAGAAAAAAUCGGCUUUCUUUGGUUUUGUUCUUAAUCAAAUGGGUCUUUGUUGUGUGCAACUUAACGCCUUGAGUGAGGCUGUCAAAUUAUUCGAAGAAGCGAAGAUUGUUUUGGAACAAGAGUAUGGUCCUUGUCACCCUGAAACUCUUGGCGUAUAUAGCAAUCUUGCUGGCACAUAUGAUGCAAUUGGCAGGGUGGACGAUGCAAUUGAUAUUAUAGAGUACAUUGUAGUUGUGAGGGAGGAAAAACUUGGGACAGCACACUUUGAUGUUGUUGAUGAGAAGAGAAGGUUGGAUGAGUUGUUGAAGGAAACAGGCAGAGUUCGGAAGAGAAAAACCAAGUCACUUGAGAUUCUUCUUGAUGUUAAUGAGGACUAA